AUGGACGUCCCCUGGCUCCUGAGAUCACUCAGUCGAUGGAGAGUUGGAAACUGGAGAAAGCGGGAGCUCCCAGGCCGCAGCUCGCAGCUUCCCAGCUUCUUUCCCAGCUACACUGCCACCUGGCAGCUUGGAUACGCAGAGUUCCUUCCAUCCUUACCUGUCCCUGGAUUAAGCCAUCGAGCCAUCAGUUGGAUCGUGCUUGCCAGGUUGACUGGCAGUUACCCGUCACGGUCCUCAGGCUCACCACCGUUCAAGUCGACUGACACCUUUUCAAAAUUCUCUUCAUCAGAUGCUACACUAACUCUCCAGGCACCCUGGGCGGAAUCCUCCGGGACAAAGGCAUACCAACACCCGAUGGCUCGUGUCGUCGGGUUCCAAGAGAUUGCAUAG